AUCAUAAAGAAAAACAGUGGGCUUGGAUUAAUAGAAAAUUACGAAUUGGUUGUGAAAAUGAUGAUAUUCAAUCGGAUUCUCCGAACAAAAUUGAAGGGUGGGAAGUCACUAUUAAAAAGUUAAAUGAAUCAUCAAAUAUCACUGAAGACUUUUUCAAUGAG